AUGAAGCAAGGUGACAUGAAUCAAGCACUUACAGAUGCUCAGGAAUUCAUCAGCAUUUGCCCAUCCAACUUCAAUGCCCAUCACUACCUCGGCCUCGUUCACAUGUCUAUGGAAAACCACGAGGACGCGCUGACUGCCCUUGCGACGGCAAACAGGCUCAAGCUCGCGCAAGAUAAAAGCUACGCCGAGUUCCCAUCAGAGGAUGACGAUGUAUUCGCCUGA